ACACGCGACCCGCGUCGGGCGGAUUCUAUUGGUCGGCUGUGUGAAGUCGGGCUCGUGCAGGGGAAGGUUUUUGAUCAGAAACGAAACUUAUGCAGGUUUCUGUAGAUCAGGAGCGACAGCCGGAGCUCAGCUCUGAUCACAGGAGCUUUUUUACAGCGUUUUAUUAUUUUAUUAAAAAGUAUUUAUGUUUCCUUUAAACUAACUGAUCUCUGGUGUUUUUUCACUCUGUGCUGCUGAUUGGACUGUUUGGAUUUUAUUGAUUUUAUUGAUUAUAUUGAUUAUUUUGAUUGAUUUAUUAAUGGCAUCUAGCAGUAAUUACAUUGCUUUGCUGAAUGAGCGCACUCAGAAGACUGGCCUGACCUACAGGUUUGAGGAUGUGGACACUAAGGGUCCAGAUCACAGCAAAAUAUUCACCGUGAGGGCGGUGGUGAAUAAUAAACCCUAUCCUGAAGGCGUCGGACGCAACAAGAAAGAAGCUAGGCAAAAUGCUGCUAAGAAUGCCCUCAGUCUCAUACAGGAGGAGGAGCCAGCUAGUACAGCAAAAGUGGUGGUAACCAGUCCCUGCUCACUCGAUGGUUUACCAAAGCUGACUCAAGCCAACUUUACCUGCUGGCUGAAUGAAUACGGUCAGAAGAUGAGAUUAAAUUUUAAGUUCGUCGAGUCGAUGCCGCUGGACUCCAACAAUCAAAUACAGUAUGCCUGUAAGUUUGUUUGUGGUGAUAAAGAAUAUCCGACAGCCGUCUGCAGAGUAAAGCGGGAUGCGAAGGAGGAGGCGGCUAAACUCGUGUAUAAAGCAAUUAAUGGGGAGAAUAACGCUGAGGUUCCCGGUGAAAGGACAAACGAGACACAACAACCGAGCAUGUCAGAUCUCGGCUACUCCCUGACUGGUCUAUCCCUGAGCCACAGCCUUUCUGAGAGCUCUGGAUUAGAUAAUAAUUUUAAAGGUUUACUGAACCACUACUGUCAGAAAAGUGGUCAAGCCUGGGACUUUAAACUGGUAGACAAAAGAGGACCCGCCCACAAUCCUGAAUUUGUGUACAAGGUCAUUAUAAACAAAAUCGAAUAUCCUGAGGGACGAGGAAAGACUGCGAAACAGUCGCAGCAGAGAGCGGCCGAGCUCGCCUGGAACACCCUGCUAAGAUCCGACAGUCAGACUUCCUCGAUGUCAUCUGACUCUAAAGACGAGUCCCCAUCAUUCGCCUCCACCCUUGAGUCUAAAGAUGAUACCAGCUCAAAGACUCCUCCCAUCAGUCAGGACUCCCGUUACUCUGUUGAAUUUAAAGACUCGUCUGCCCAUCCGCUGAGACCGGCCCCAGUGCAAAGCCCCGUGGAUUUCAAAAAUAAGGAGUCAAAAAUAAGAUUAGCAGCAAAUUUUCCAAAUUCUCCAAAUGUCAAACAGGAUAAACCCCCUGUAAUCAAGCCGUCAAAACCCUCAGCAGGAUCUCCAGCUUCCAACUCGACUGUAAAGUCAAAGUUCUUUUUAGAAAACUUUAAUUCAAUAAGCAAACUUGGCAAAGGAGGUUUCGGAAGCGUUUUCAAGGCCAGAAAGGUUAUUGAGCAAAAAGAUUACGCUGUGAAAAUCGUCAAGUGUACAAGCAAAGCUCUCAGAGAGGUGGCCGCUUUGGCCAAGCUGGUGCACCCCAACAUCGUACGCUACCACACGUCCUGGAUCGAGGAGACGGCGUACCAAUACGAGUCAUCAGAGAGCAGCACCUCCACUAGCAGUUCAGAAGGUUCCUUCCUGUAUAUUCAGAUGGAGCUCUGUGAAGGGGACACUCUGCAGUUUUGGAUCGCGACCGAAAACACAAAAGAUCCAUCCCCAGAGCGGAGGCAGGAGGCAGCGAAGAUCAUGACACAGGUUCUGAAGGCCGUCGAAUACAUCCACUCCGUGAACCUUAUCCACAGGGACCUGAAGCCAGCAAACAUCAUGUUCACAAAGGAGAAGGUGUUGAAGGUGGGAGACUUUGGAUUGGUUACAGCAGCGGAGACAGACAGCGAUGAGGCCUUACUGGAGAGAACUAAUCGUACAGGAACGCCCUCGUACAUGAGCCCGGAACAGGUAAACCAGAGCUCGUACGACAAGAAGGUGGACAUCUUCCCUCUGGGUCUGAUCUACUUUGAGCUGCUAUGGAAUCUCAAAACUGGUCAUGAAAAAGCAGAGGUCUGGAAAGAUGUAAGGAGUAGGAAGCUUCCAGAAGAUUUCAGCAAGAAGUUUAUGCUUGAGAGUAAGCUGAUUGAACAGAUGCUGAGUGCCAAUCCUGAGGAGCGACCCGACGCCAGCGAUCUGCUCACCAAGCUGGACGCUUUCAAAAAACCCGCCCUGCGAUCGGACCAGAACACAAAGAACGAGAACCGGACCUACUGAUCACAUACAUGAUCUCAUCUAUAACAUUAACUAUAUAAUGAUUCAAACUGCAGUUCAAUCAUGUCUAAUAUGUAACGACGGACGAUACGAUUUUAGGAGCCUUCGAUCGUGAUCAUUAUUAUAUUUAUAAAAUAACUUUACAUUAUUAAAGUUACUUUUUAGUAAUAUUUUAUUGAGACCAAGCCUGUUACUCUGCAGCUGCUAUAAUCAGCACUGUACUGCAGUGGGUCUUUUAUGAUCGCAGUUCUCAGACCCGCACUCUGCACCUUUUUUUGCACAUUAAAUAAAUGAAUUAUUAAAUCUGUACAAUACUGAAAAACAGCGGUGCCUUUGGAACCCGGCUCUUAGAACCUUUGGAGCUUUUAGCCUGAGUGUAAUGCUCACAGUAAGCUCUGAGGCUGUCCUUCUUGUUAGAUUUAGUGGGAGCAUUAUGUAUUGUGUGUGUGUUUAUGUGUAUAUAUUUUUAUGGUUCCACAGGUAGCACUUUCUUCGCCUCACUGGUGUUGGGGUGGAGGGAGGAUAAGGGUCCCCAUUGAUAUAGAAGCCAAUAAAGGAGAAACACUGCUCAUUUUUUGUGUCUUCUAUAUGGUGAUGCAUAUUUUAAUAGAAAUAUACAGGUACAAAAAUAUUUUUUAACAAAUAAUGUUGCUUCCAUCAGUUAAGUUUUCUGGAUCACAGAAAUUUUCACCGAGAAUUUUUAAGACGUUAAACAACCCACCAUGAGAUAACAAUGGAAAUCCAAAUCAAUAUCCUUUACUAAAUUCAGAACAAAAAUAUAAAUAAUAGGAAGAAAAAAUGUGGAGCCAUCAGAGGGCGCCCGCAAGACAAAAUGAGUUUAUACAUUUUUAAUAAUUUUGUACUGGAAAGUGUUCUCAUUUUCCCAACAUGAAAAAAAUGAUAUACUUAAAAUCAAUAAAUAUAUAGGUAACUUUUUUUUUUUUUUUUUUUUACCAAUUUUACCAAUUAUUUACACUAGGCAUACCCAACACUUUCUGCACAUAUAUUGGCCAAUGAACUCAUGUUGUGUGAUUUUGAAUGGCAGUGUUUUGAUAUGGAAACAUGAUGACAUGAUGAUAUAUCAGAUUGUUGUGUAUUAUGCAGAAAACUGUUUUAAGUAUGUAUGUAAAAAUUGCCAUUUUAAAUAAAAAAUGUGAGUAAAGCAGAAAGUGUGUUGGAGACUUGACAAGAGUUAACAUCCUCUGUUUGUCAGUUAAAAUAAUUGUGCUAUGCAUUUCAUUUGAGCAUGUUAGCAAUUGAACAAUAUGAAUUUCAGGGGAAAUCAAAUAAAGAAUUGGCCUUACUUAAUUCCUUGAUAUUUAAUUUUUGCAUCUUGUAAUAAAGUUUGGGUUUCAUCACCAGA